AUGUUUCCUUUCAAUCGUUCAUCUCCUCGGAUAUUAUGGCUCACCAUCCCCAUUCUUGGGGUUUUGACAGCUCGCGUCGCAGCAGCGGGUGUGUCCCUCGAUAUUACCAAUGCGGAAUCUAUUAAAUCUGCAGCUAGUCAAAUAGCCUUCGACCUCGUGACCUUCUACACGGGAAAUAAUACUGGCGACACGCCCGGAAAUCUGCCAGAUCCAUACUACUGGUGGGAGGCCGGCGCCUUCUUCGGCGCACUGGUUAAUUACUGGUCCUACACCGGGGACUCGAUAUACAACGACAUCACGAAACAAGCCAUGAUCCACCAAGCAGGCAAGAAAGGCGACUUCAUGCCCGAAAACCAGACAUACACCGAAGGCAACGAUGACCAAUGCUUUUGGGCUUUGAGCGCCAUGAUAGCCGCUGAGCGAAACUUCCCUGCACCGACCUCUCCAACACCCGGGUGGCUUGCCAUGGUUCAAGCGGUCUUCAAUGAGCAGGCUCAUCGAUGGGACACUUCUGCCUGCGGCGGUGGUCUAAGAUGGCAGAUCUACACUUGGAACAGCGGAUAUCUUUACAGAAACAGUAUUGCGAAUGGAUGUUUCUUCGACAUCGCCUCGCGGCUGGCCAGAUAUACUGGAAAUGAUACAUAUGCAAAAUGGGCCACCAAAGCAUGGGACUGGACGCACAUGAUUGGUCUGAUCGGAACCCAAUAUGAAAUCUUUGACGGUGUCACCGAUGUCGACAACUGUACCUCCCACGACCAUAACCGAUGGUCGUACAAUGCAGGUGUCUGGCUGCACGGCGCGUCAGUGAUGUACAAUUAUACAACAGAGCAGGGUUCUGAGAUUUCUUCAGCCUGGCGAGAACGUACAGACUCUCUACUGAAGGCUACCAGUCAUUUCUUCCCCAAGGACGACAUCAUGUUUGAGCCCAAUUGUGAGGCCAGUGGGAAGUGCAAUGUAGACCAGCUGUCCUUCAAAGCGUAUUUGAGCCGCUGGCUGGCCGAAGUUACGCAGUAUGCGCCUUAUACAUAUGACACUAUUAUGGCGAGACUUCGGUCUACGGCCGUUGCGGCUGUUGCACAGUGCCUGGGUGGUGAUACCGGUACAUUCUGUGGUCACAAGUGGAGUAUAGGGGAUUACGACGGCACAACAGGGGUUGGGCAACAGAUGGGCGUUCUUGAAGUACUUCAGGGUCUUCUGGCUGCCGACGUUGGCGGUGCUUUGACUUCGUCGACGGGGGGCGAGAGUAAAGGAGAUAGCGCCGCUGGCACUGGAGACAGCGAAACUAAGGCUGAACUGCCUGUGAUACAUAUUGAUAACGGUGAUCGAGCAGGGGCGGCUAUAGUGACCUCUUUAUUUGUUGGAUUUGUCGCUUGGGCGGUUUAUGGGAUGGUUUCGUGA